AUGGAAGGCAAUAAAGAGAAGAGAACCAAGUUCUGCAUCAAUGACCACGUAGACAUUCUUACGGAAAUCCUCAAACGACUCGACGGCCGCUCUCUCUGUGUUUCUGCCAGCGUCUGCCGUCUCUGGUGCACCAUUGCCCGCGACGACUCUCUCUGGGAGCAUCUAUGCUUCCGUCACGUGUCCCCUGUUCCCUCCUCCGGCGUCCGCCCCGUCGUCGUGGCUCUCGGAGGCUACAAGAGGCUCUACAUGGUGUGCGUGAGGCCGGUGCUGAGUCGAUUGCGCCGAUUGAGGCUUGCAGGAGACUCGGACCGGGUCAGGAGGGUCUGGACUCGGGAUGAGGUCCAGCUCUCGCUCUCUCUGUUUUGUGUUGAUUAUUAUGAGAGACUUGGGAGACUCGGUACUGGUGGCGGAGAUGCGUCUGCAUCGUCUCUCAUGUUCCUCUGCAAGCCUGUUAACGUAUGA